CACUCCCUACCACGUGAGCGGGCGCCGGCCUCCUGAUAGGCGCGUGUCCCGGCGGGUCAGAGGUUGCGGUUUGGCGCCUCUCGGUUUGUUUUUUUCUCUCGGUGAACGGGAUCUGGUGUUCGGUGCCGCCGGUAUGACCAAGAGAGCCAGCCCGUUCGGCGACACGGCACCGCUGCAGUGGAAGAUCCACGUCACCCAGAAAGAGCUGAAUGAGGGGGUGUUCGGGGAGCAGUACAAGCGGGAGGUGUACGAAAAAACUAAAUGUUUGCUGUUUAACGGUGCACAAGCCUUUAUGGGAUGUAUGUGGGCUGGCAGCUCAGAAGAGAAUUGUACACUGGUUCCUAUGACCAAGCCUGUUGAAGAUAACUGCUUUAAAAAAACUGAUGUUUGUAAUGGAUGUGAAAGACGAGAGUUACUCCAUGGGCAAACAUUUCUAGGACACAAUGGGCAACUUAUAAAGGGUUCACGGUCUUCAUAUAAAUCAUCAGUCAAGCCAGCAACCAUGAACUGUUUUAUCUGUUUAAAGCCAGCAAAUUUCAAGGAGCCA